ACACACACCCACAGACACACACACCCCCAGACACACACUCGCACACACCCCCAGACACACACACCCCCGGACACACACACCCCCAGACACACACACCCCAGACACACAUUCCCCCAGACACACACACCCCUGGACACACACACCCACAGACACACACACCCACAGACACACACACCCCCAGACACACAGCUGUGUUCCUCAAUGCACUUAAAGCCUGUCAUGUUUCUGUUACUGAUGUUACACUGGGGGAACAGGAAUGAUGUUCUCUAUAUGUAAUCUAUACAUGACUCCAUUAACCCAGUUUAUGGUGAUACAUAAUCGGUAACAACCCGACUCUGUUUAUCCAGCAUGUUUAGGGUCAACGGCCGUGUUGUCUGUCUGAUGUUGAUGACAUGGCUGCAGGGUCCCGUUACUGCGGCCUGCGGGUGUCCUGAGUCAGUGCCUGUUAAUAAUUAACCCGUGUUUGUUGGUCAGGGCUCUGCUCACAGUCUUUAGUUACCUCUCUCUGCCUCCCAGCACCCUUUAUGUAAAGAUAUCCUAUACAGUAACUUAAAGCUACACUCAGCAAUAUGACAUCAUUAUGCCGGUCAGAUUUCUCCUUACAGAAUCAGCAGCAAUGCACAUUAGGGAGAGACAAUAGUGGCAGUCUUGGUAAAUCUGAAUUCUGUUGUUGUUCAUGUAUGUAUGUUAAGCAGGAAGUUACCCCAAUAUGUGCGAUGAUCCUAUUGCUGAGUCUCCCUUUGAAGGGUCAGAUUUGAAAUACCUCCUGCAUCAGAGUCUGUACCAGAGAGACAGAGGGGGCAUCUAACGAUUGCUGCAGGUGGGCAAAGUGUAGCUAAUUGUCUAUGCGUGACUAAAUGGGUUUAAACCUCGGUCAUCUGCGUGCCACAACAUUAUUAACCAGCUGAGCUAAAGCCUGUCUUCAGUCGCCUGGGAAGUGUACUCAUCACAUGGACAUCGAGUCGCCUCUAUGACACAUGAACUCUAAGAAGAGAAGUGAGAUGGUGAUUCAGGUGUUCCCAGGGCUGCAGAAUGGAGAUAACGUUUCCUCACCUUGUGAAGACCAUCUAUAAUUCAGCCUUUGAGGCUGUGCCUUUCCUGAAGAGGCUGGAUGGUGCCGAGAGUGAAUCAGUGACAGAACAGCAAACAGUAAAGGGAAGAGAAGGAAGAAGAGAGGAAAGAGAGAGAGAGAGAGAUCUGUGUACACGGAGUAGAGUUGUCAACUUAUUCUGGGAUACCUUUCGAGUGGUCUAACAAAGUUUUUUUUCCCCGAGUGGUCUAACAAAGUUUUUUUUCCCAGAGUGGUCUAACAAAGUUUUGUCGACAGACGUGAAGCAGGAAGGACCCUGCUUUAUGUUUGGACUAACGGGAUCAAACCAGACCGAAUCUCUUCUCCUGCUUGUUAUUGUUGUGCUGAUUGGUGAUUGCAUUUCUAGCUGCCAGCGAAUCACAGGGCUGCCCACACAGACACAACUGACUGCUCUGGGAGAAGGUCCCUCAGCAUUCUCUGAGGGUUGGCAACCCUAGCUGGGAGUGACAGAGGAACAACGUGUAAAAGAGGAAGAGAGGAGGGUUUGGAAAAUAGAGAGAGAGAGAGAGAUCGAUAAAUCAUGGAGGUUAAGAGACGUCCGAUAAUCGCUGGCAGAGAGAAAGGGCCAGGCCCCGGGCGCUAUGCUCUCCCUCCAACCAUUGGCUACAUCAACCAUGACCUCACCAAGCCCAGUAGCCCCGCCUACACCUUCCACAGACGUAUGAGCAGCAACAUGGUCUCUGUGGAUUGCAGUCCAGGACCCCAGUACCACAUCGAUGACAAGAUGACCCGGUUCGGCCGCGUCGGUACCCCUUCUUACUCCAUGCUCGGCAGGGCAAGACACUCCGCUGAACUCUUCCAGACUCCAGGUCCAGGUGCCUACAGCCCAGAGAAACCUCAUCUCAGAACUCCCUCCUACACUAUUGGCUCUCGGUCACGCUACCGUAUAAUGGAUUCUGUGCCCGCCCCUAACCGGUACACCCUCCCUAACCUGCUGGGUUCCCAGGUGCCCCACAAGCCGUCCAGUGCCAGCUACAGCUUGGCGGGGCGCAGACAGGUUGGCGCUCCAUCAGAAGACCUGUCCAUGACCCCUGGACCAGGACGCUACAACAGUACUGACCCCAGCGUCUACCUCACACGACAGCCGUCCUUCUCUAUGCAGAGCCGGACUACCCGGGCCAGCGAUCAGUCUCAGAAGCCUGGGCCAGGGACCCACAGCCCGGAGAAGGUCCUGCUCCACCUCCCCAGACCUCCUGCCUUCUCCCUGGGCAUCAGACACUCAGAGUUCAUUACUCCUCUGGUGGUGGUUGUUUCCGACUGAUUUUUAUUGGAGUUUCACACGGAGUUUGUGGAAAUGCUGGAGUCAGUUCUGAGUUAAAUACCACUGUGUUGUUUUAAUGAGCACAUUUAGCACAAUGUUGGAAAAGUGCGUCACAAAUAGAGUGUUUUUAUUAUCAUCGUUAAGCCAAGUUGUGGAUCUAUGGGUGUGACCUGUGUGUGUGUGUGUGUGUGUGUGUGUGUGUGUGUGUGUGUGUGUGUGUGUGUGUGUUUGUUAUCUCAGUGUGUACAUGUGUGUGUUCAGUGUGCAGGCAUGGUGACAGUAAUAGGUAGGCUCCAGUCACUGCUCUGUCCCAGCCACAUCAGUUCCAUGGAACACACCUGAACUAGAUAAUACCUCUCAGGAGACAGCCCUGGUAGAACUUUCUUGGUGUCCUCAAACGGAUCCAACUACAGAGAGAAGGAGAGAGACAAAGGGAGCCAGAGAGAUCGAGAGAGAGGGGGGAGGAGAGUGUCUCACACACACACACACACACACACACACACACACACACACUAUAAGAGUCUGCACUCACAGUGAUCUCAUGUGGGGUACCCUUGUUGUCCCAGUGGUAUCUGACUUGGUACUUCAGGGGGAAGAGGGUGUGGUCGGACCAGGAAGAGGGAGGGUCCACUUCACUAACAGCUUCAGCUUCCCUGGAACGGCUUGCAAGGUCACAUUCACGGGGGGUCUAGCUUCACAGCUGAAGUUUGAUACCAAAGACUCUAUAUUCUGUCCUCCCUGUGGAUCAGGCAGACCCACCCCAGCCCUCACAUCUUUACCAAACCCAAACUGUGGAGUACAGAGAGAGGCACACUCUACCUAUCCUCACAACUGAAGAGAUCAAAACAUAAACUGAUGGAGAGGGCUACAGAGUACCUGAACCAACUAGUGGCUCACAGCCUGUCAAUAAAUCCAGACUGUUCUGCAAGGGAGAAACCAUGUCGAUGUAAAGACUGUGGUAGAGGCUUCCACAAUAAUAUAGGCUUGACUAAUCAUAUGAGGAUACACACAAGGAAAAAAACGUUUAGCUGUGAAGACUGGCAAAUGUUUAAAUAACAAAGGAAUCUUAAAUUGGCCAUGCAAGAUCUCACACAAGGGAGAAAUCUUAUUGGUGCAAAGACUGUAGCAAAUCGUUUGGCAACAAAGGAAACUUGACCAUGCAUAUAAAAAAUACCCACGGGUCUGGAGAGGAGAAGUCUUAUCAGUGCAAAGACUGGCAAAUACUUCAACAAGAAGGCAAAAUUUACUAGACAUAAGAAAUUACAUGCAGCGAAAAUUAAUUGGUGUAAAGACUGUGGCAAAUGUUUCAGCACAAAGGUUUACUUAUUCAGACAUACAAAGCUACACUCAGGAGAAAUUCCUUAUCACUGUAAAGACUGUGGCCAAUGUUUCAACCGUAAGGAAAACUUGACCCUCCAUACAAUAUCUCACACGGGAGAAGUCUGACAGUUGUAAUGAAUGUGGCAAGUGCUUCAACAAGAUGAGAAAUUUGACCGUGCACAUGAGAUCUCACAUAGGGGAGAAAUCAUAUCAGUGCAGAGACUGACAAAUGUUUUCCUUAUAGGAUAGGCUUGAUAAUGCAUACCAUGAUACACAGAGGGGAGAAAUCAUUUCGCUGUAAUGACUGUGGCAAAUGCUUCAGACAGACAGCAACUCUGGGAAGACAUAUUAAAGGUUGUCACAGCAAGUAGAGAAAAUGUUUUAGCUGUAAGGGUCACUUGACUGACCGUACAGUAUCUCACACAGGGGUGAAAUCAUAUGGCUGCAUAGUCUGUGGAUAAUGCUUGAAUCACAGUGGGCUCUUUUGGGCUCCCGAGUGGCACAGUGGUCUAAGGCCCUGCAUCUCAUGCUUGAGGUGUCAAUACAGACACUCUGGUUUGAUUCCAGGCUGUAUCACGACUGGCUGUGAUUGCGAGUCCCAGAUUUGGCCAGUGUGUGCUGUCAUUGUAAAUAAUCAUGUGUUCAUAACUGAAGUUUACAUUUAAAAAAUGUAAAUAAAAUUGACCAAGCAUUUCAUGUUAAA